CGGGAAAUUUUAACAAUUCCGAUUUCCGACCGACAAACGAACUGAACGAUGAGUUUUUUGGCGGGGAGAUUAGCCGGGAAAGAGGCCGCCCACUUCUUCCAAGAGUCCAAACACGCCGUCACCCGCCUCGCCGAGAAGAAGCCCCGCCCCGCCGCCUCCGAGCCUCCCUCCGCCGGGCCUCCUCCGGAUUCCGCCGCGGACGUACUUCCGGAGGUCUUGAGACACUCACUUCCCUCCAAGCUGUAUUAUCAGCCGUCCGAUCCCUCCUCCUUCUCCACUGCCUCCAAGUGGGCCCUCGAAUCGGAUCCCCGUCUCCGGUCGGGCGUGUCCCCGGACGCGCUGAACCCUCUCAGGGCUUACCUGACCCUGCCCCAGGUCUCCUUCGGCCCCAAAAGGUGGCAGUUGCCAGAGGUGCAGGGCAAGGUUUUGGCUUCAACUGCUAAUGAGUUGCGUCAGGAUAGGCAUGUAACUAUUAAUCCCGAGAAGUUGAAGGCUGCUGCUGAAGGGCUUGCAAACAUCGGGAAGGCAUUCAUUGUUGCUACAGUGCUCAUCUUCGGUGGUGCUUCUUUGGUUUUCGGAGUGGCAGCCUCCAAAUUAGACGUCCAUAAGGGUGAUGAUAUAGGAGCUAAGGUGAGAGACAGGAUUCAUCCCAAGUUUGAGACAAUCAAGGAGCAGGUGGACCCUCUAAGAGGAUGGGUUGAGAACAUGUCGAAGAAAUGGAAACUAAAACGAGAAAACGAGAUCAAGCAGAAGCCUAUCAUCAAGGAGCUUAGCAAAGUACUGGGUGUGAAGACUGAAUGACUAUCAGGUUAUUAAUAUCUUCCCAUCUGAUGUGAAUAGUUAUAGAUUGCUCGGAGUUUCCUCGCAGAAUAAGUUAAGAGGGGCACGGCAAAUUUUGUAAUCUGUGAUGUGUUAUCAUUCUAUCAGCUGUGAGAAUGAACGGUGGGUUCUUGAUUGGCAUGAAUGAAUGUCUGAAGAGAAUCUGUUGUUGAUUCCCUUUUCGACUGCGGAGUCCUGAAUCUUCAUCCCUACAGCAAUCUAUUGCGAGAUCAUUGUUGCUUUUUCAUAA